AUGCCUUCCCAGCAGAAUACAUACACUUGGUGGCGGCGGGGGUGCGGCCGAGGCCAGAGCCCUGCCCGGGGCCGGGCGGCGGGGCGGGGAGGCAAGCAGCGGGCGAGGCCGCGUCUGCAUGUGCGGAGCAGCCCGGGCAUAGCCCCGGGUUGCCGGCGCCGGCCGCGCCAUUGUUGGGGGAGGGGGCGGCCACUGAGCGCGGCAGAGUCGGGGGCGAGUGAAGGCGCAGGCUGCGGCGGCGAGGAGCGGAGGUGCCCCGUGGGGAACACGCUGACCUGUUGCCUGUGCCCCAAUGCCAGCCCAAAGCUGGGCCGUAGCACAGGGUCGGCGGAGCCGGACUACGAGUCUGAGCUCUGUGAGGUGGCGGCUGGGGACGCAGUGGCGGAGGCCGUAGCGCCGGCGCCCGCUGCGGUGGAGCCCGCCGAGUUGGAUUUCGGAGCCAGCGAGGGCCACCACCUGCAGCACAUCAGUGACCUUGAAAGCCCUUCUGACCAUCCAAGGGCAAGCACAAUUUUCCUGAGCAAAUCUCAGACAGAUGUGCGUGAAAAGAGGAAGAGCAACAAUUUAAACCAUGUAUCUCCAGGGCAGCUUACUAAAAAGUAUAGCUCAUGCUCAACAGUAUUUCUAGAUGACAGCACAGUUAGCCAGCCUAAUCUUAGAACCACAAUAAAAUGUGUGACCUUAGCAAUAUAUUACCACAUAAAGAACAGAGAUGCAAAUAGAUCCCUGGAUAUAUUUGAUGAGAGAUCACAUCCACUCACACGAGAAAAGGUUCCAGAGGAGUAUUCUAAGCAUGACCCUGAACACAAAUUUAUUUACAGAUUUGUUCGUACUCUUUUUAGUGCUGCACAGCUAACAGCUGAAUGUGCAAUAGUAACUUUGGUCUACUUAGAAAGGCUUUUAACUUAUGCUGAGAUCGACCUUUGUCCCAACUGGAAAAGAAUUGUUUUGGGAGCCAUUCUUCUUGCCUCCAAGGUUUGGGACGAUCAGGCUGUAUGGAAUGUGGACUACUGCCAGAUCCUCAAGGACAUUACAGUUGAGGACAUGAAUGAGAUAGAAAGGCACUUCUUGGAGCUACUCCAGUUUAAUAUUAAUGUUCCUGCCAUUGUUUUUGCCAAAUACUACUUUGACCUUCGCUCCUUAGCCGAUGACAACAACCUGAAUUUUCUGUUUGCUCCUCUCAGCAAAGAAAGAGCACAAAACCUAAAGGCCAUUUCAAGAUUGUGUGAAGACAAAUACAAAGACUUAUGUAGAGCUGCUAUGAGAAGGUCUUUCAGCGCUGAUAAUUUCAUUGGUAUUCAGCACUCUAAUGCUAUCCUCUCUUAAAAGGGAGAAUUGAGGGG